AUGGUCUUCGAUCACCGUUGUUAUGGACUGUUUCGUCGAAACGGCGUCAUCAUCCCCGACCUGGUUUCUAAAAAGGGCAACCAACGUGUGUACUGGGUCAGUGUUGACUUUAGUAUUUUCAACUUACGUGUUGCAGAUAACGGGAGUGCAGGACUGAUGCGUCUAAUGGCCGAACAGAUUCGCUCGGGAGUUGCAGUUAUCAGCAAGGAGCCCCUGCACCACGAGAAACCUGCUUUUCUUUCACUGCCUGUAGUUGGAGCCCCUGAUCUCCCAAGGAAAGAUAUCCUGGAAGCCGCCGCUGAGAAUGCGGAUUGGCGCCAUGAGGAGAUUGUGUGUGGUCGGCUCACCCUUGAUGAUGAUAACAUCAUCGCAUGUCUCCGACCACUUGAGGAGAUUAAUGGCGCUUAG